UAUGUAAUCUGAGCUCUUGGUUCGGUGAAUAUUUUAGUUUGAUUCCAGUUGACGCCUGUUCUCUCUCCGUCUCUCUGUUCCGAAUCGCCGGUCACAUUCUCCGGCGAGCCAUUGGGCAAUCCGACUUGACAUCCUCGGACCUUCGAACGAGCAUGGAAGACCAUGGUAGUACAUAUCUGCAACUGUUCGUGGAUGAGACCACCUUUUACAACCGCAUCGUGCUGGGGAGCCUCUUGCCGAGCAGGGUUUGGGAUCCACUUCCCCACUUCCUACAGACAUGGCUGCGCAACUACAUUGGCGGCGUUCUUGUUUACUUCCUCUCUGGCUUGCUCUGGUGCUUCUAUAUAUAUUACUGGAAGUGCAACGUUUAUGUUCCUAAAGAUGCCAUUCCUUCUUACAAAUCCAUGCUCUUGCAAAUAUAUGUUACCAUGAAAGCCAUGCCAUGGUACUCUGCUCUUCCAGCUGUUUCUGAGUACAUGGUUGAAAAUGGCUGGACAAAAUGCUUUUCAAGGAUCAGCGAUGUGGGUUGGCUUGCCUACCUGGUGUAUUUGGUGAUUUAUCUUGUAAUAGCAGAAUUCGGAAUUUACUGGAUGCAUAGAGAGUUGCACGACAUAAAACCUCUUUAUAAAUAUCUUCAUGCUACCCAUCACAUCUACAACAAACGGAAUACCCUUUCUCCAUUUGCAGGUUUGGCCUUCCACCCGCUUGACGGAAUAUUGCAGGCUGUUCCACAUGUCAUAGCACUAUUUCUCGUGCCGACCCAUUUUUUGACCCACAUAUUGCUCCUCUUCCUUGAGGCUAUAUGGACAGCAAACAUUCAUGAUUGCAUCCAUGCCAACUUAUGGCCUGUGAUGGGUGCUGGCUACCACACCAUUCAUCACACUACGUACCGUCACAACUACGGCCAUUAUACCAUCUGGAUGGAUUGGCUCUUUGGCACUCUUCGUGACCCCCUGGAUGAUGAACCCAAGAAAGUUAUGUAAUGCUCCUUCCUUCAAACCCGAUUGCUCCUUCAGUUUUUCGAACUCUAAGAUGCCAGUUGGAUUAUUUUCUCGUAUGCUGUCUUUGCAAUGUGAAUCCUGUUGGUCGUUAGUUUCUUUUAUGUCUGCGACUGCAGAAUGUCCAAAAUUAGUAGUGAUAAGGGAUUCAGGUGUCAUAUGGAAUUUUUCUUGCUCUCUCUGUUACCUCCAAGUCUGGCAAACCAAUGUAUUCAAUUGAAUGAAGUCUUAUGGUAAAAUUUGUGGGGCAUAUAUUGAAUGGACUACAUACUUCUCUACCUCUACCCAAACAUGGAGGUGUAGCAAUGGAAUCGUCAGCAUUUAAAGUGUA